UAUCAAAUAUGCAGCCACUGCUUUUAACGUGUCUUCAAAUUUAAAAGCCAUGCAGUUCAGGUCCCUUUUUCCACAAAGUAAGAGAAAUAAAUGGGUUUAAAAAACUAGAAUAUGCAAUAUAUGAAUGAUUUGGAAAGUGGUUUGGAUCCAGUACAUCUGAUGACGACUCUGAUGAUGAAUAUAUGCCUACACAAAGGUCUGAUAUCUUCCACGAAGAAAGCUCAGAUGAUGAAGACCAAGAUCAUAAUGAAGAUGUAGAAAAUGACCAAAAUGCAUCAAAUAUUGAAGAAAGUGUCUAUCUACAUAAGAGCUACAGAAAUUUAAAAGUUCUUUGGAGGAAAAAAGAACAUAAUCUUAUGCCUUCAUCAAAUGAUGAUAACUUUCCUGAUCCUACAGAACCUCUUCUAUCUGCUCUUGCAUAUUUUCAGAUUGUCAUAUCAACAGAUAUGAUAAAAUUAUUAGUUGAACAAACAAAUCUGUAUAGUAUUCAACAAACAGGAACUUCGCUUAUGGUGACAGCAAAUGAAAUAAUAGGAAAAAUUAUCAUAAUAGGAUUAGUCCGUAUACCUCUUAUAAGAGGAUAUUGGGAAGAGGGAACAAAGUAUGAAUCAAUUGCAGACGUAAUGUCUAGAAACAGAUUUGAAAAAAUCUUAAGAUUUUUGCAUAUUGCGGAUAAUUCACCAAAUUGGUGAUGAUGUUAGAAGUGACAAAUGUGCUACCGUGGUUGUCUAGACUUAGAGAAGACAGUCUAUCCUUUUCAGAUGAGACCAAGCACUCUAUUGAUGAAAUAAUGAUUCCAUUUCGUGGGAGAAUCCACAUAAAAAAAUAUAUGCCUAAAAAACCUUUAUAGCAAAUGGGGUUUAAAAAUGCGGGCCCGGUGUGGAAAAGUCGUAAUAUGAAAUAAAUAUAGUACCAGUCUUAUCCGACCUAAAAGACGCAAUCAAAGUUAGGAUAUUGUCGACUUGAGUUUCGAAUCCGAGAAAGAGAACGAAAGCGAACUGCUUAAGGAAGAGAUGCCUCGGCGGAGGACACUCAAAGGCUGCCUGGUGAUUUAAUACUUUCUUUGGCGACAUUUCUGUGUCACCCGGUUAUUUUUAUAAUCCAUUUUGACUUUCUUUGGCGAGCUUGCUUCAGUUUCAAAAAAUUUCCUUUUAGAUUAUAUUUAUUAGCGCAAAAAGGCGUUAGUCCGAAUGGGCUAUUAAUCUCAAAACAGGAUUUUGCAUCUUCCUCUAUGAAUGGUGAAUUACUUUCCAAAUUGUUCUUACCAAAUACUAUUAUCGCUCUGUAUUAUUUUUAAAGAAAUUAAAUAAUGAAGAAUCUGCAUGAAUGUAUGCUCCUCGCACUCUGUAAAAACGACGGUACCUAGCAUUAUGUAAUUUUGAAUAACAUAGUCCUCCACCCGAACAUGGACACUUCGAUGCCUAAAUUCUGAAUUUGGAAUUUCAUAU